UCGGUCCGUGAGAGGGACAGACAGACAGAGAGAGAGAGCCGCCAGUCCGACGACAUGGGCGCCUACCCGCGGGUCGUGGGCUCGUCUCCUCGACGCCAGCAGGCGCUGCUGCUGUUCAACUCCUCCGCCUCGCGCGUGGGGCUCGUGCCUGCGGGCGAAGCAGGCGACCAGGCGGGAGUGCUGGACAUGUCGGCCUUCUCCGGCGACGGCCGGUGGGUCGUGGCGCGCAAAGGCCUGGCCGAGCUGAUGGGCACGGCGCUGCUGCUCUUCCUGGGCUGCAUGGGCGGCGUGGGCGGCCUGUCGGAGUCCCCCCCGCCGCACCUGCAGGUCGCCCUCACGUUCGGCCUCGUCGUCGGCAUCAUCAUACAGAUCAUCGGCCACAUCACGGACGCCCACCUGAACCCGGCGGUGACCGCAGCCGCCGUCAUCCUGGACCGCAUGACCCUGCCCGUGUCGGCCGUCUACGUGCUGUCGCAGCUGGCGGGCGGCGUCCUCGGCUACGGCAUGCUGCUGGUGGUGACGCCGCGCUCGGCGCUGGAGGCGGCCGCCCCCAACGGCUCGCGCUGCGCCCUGUGCGUGACGCUGCCGCACGCCGAGCUGUCGGCGCCGCAGGCCGUGCUGGCGGAGGCGCUGGUCACCGCGGUGCUCAUCCUCGUCGUGUGCUCCGUGUGGGACCCCAGGAACGCCGCCAACACCGACUCCGUGCCGCUCAAGUUCGGCUUCACCGUCGCCGCCAUCGCGGCCGCCGAGGGGCCUUACACCGGAGCCAGCAUGAACCCCGCCAGAAGCCUGGGGCCGGUGAUCUGGACCGGGGUGUGGAGCUAUCACUGGGUGUACUGGGUGGGGCCGAUGCUGGGGGCGGUGGUGGCCGCCUACACGUACAAGCUGGUGUGGGGCGUGCCGGCGCCCAGAGGUCCCGCCGAGGUCACAGAGGAGAGCCUCCCCCUGAGGGACGUGAGGAACAGCAAGGAGGUCGAGGCGCGCGCCAGCGCCACCAACCUCAGCAGCGCGUGAGGUGUGCGCGCCCCUGUCGGCCGCUGGGUGAACUGCGUCGCCCGUGCGCGCCGGUGACUGCAGCAGCGCGUGAGGUGUGCGCGCCCCUGGCGGCCGCCGCGUGAACUGUGUCGCCCGUGCGCGCCGGUGACUGCAGCAGCGCGUGAGGUGUGCGCGCCCCUGGCGGCCGCCGCGUGAACUGUGUCGCCCGUGCGCGCCGGUGACUGCAGCAGCGCGUAAGGUGUGCGCGCCCCUGGCGGCCGCCGCGUGAACUGUGUCGCCCGUGCGCGCCGGUGACUGCAGCAGCGCGUGAGGUGUGCGCGCCCCUGGCGGCCGCCGCGUGAACUGUGUCGCCCGUGCGCGCCGGUGACCGCAGCAGCACGUGAGGUGUGCGCGCCCCUGGCGGCCGCCGCGUGAACUGUGUCGCCCGUGCGCGCCGGUGACUGCAGCAGCGCGUGAGGUGUGCGCGCCCCUGGCGGCCGCCGCGUGAACUGUGUCGCCCGUGCGCGCCGGUGACUGCAGCAGCGCGUAAGGUGUGCGCGCCCCUGGCGGCCGCCGCGUGAACUGUGUCGCCCGUGCGCGCCGGUGACUGCAGCAGCGCGUGAGGUGUGCGCGCCCCUGGCGGCCGCCGCGUGAACUGUGUCGCCCGUGCGCGUCGGUGACCGCAGCAGCACGUGAGGUGUGCGCGCCCCUGGCGGCCGCCGCGUGAACUGUGUCGCCCGUGCGCGCCGGUGACCGCAGCAGCACGUGAGGUGUGCGCGCCCCUGGCGGCCGCCGCGUGAACUGUGUCGCCCGUGCGCGCCGGUGACCGCAGCAGCGCGUGAGGUGUGCGCGCCCCUGGCGGCCGCCGCGUGAACUGUGUCGCCCGUGCGCGCCGGUGACUGCAGCAGCGCGUGAGGUGUGCGCGCCCCUGGCGGCCGCCGCGUGAACUGUGUCGCCCGUGCGCGCCGGUGACCGCAGCAGCACGUGAGGUGUGCGCGCCCCUGGCGGCCGCCGCGUGAACUGUGUCGCCCGUGCGCGCCGGUGACGCCGACUACAGCAGUGCUCGAGAUUUGGCCACCCCUCACGAAAGCUGAAGGCACCGCGCCGCUGUGGUUGUUCCGCGUUAGGAGACAACAACCUCAGCACUUCUGCGGGUUGGCGCCCCUGGCGGCCUCCAUGAAGACGGUGUCGCCGUCACGGUCACAUAGAUCUAUCUAGUAACUUACCUUCAUUCUCCGUCGGUUUACAAUUUUUUUCAUUAUUUUUGGUGCUUGGUAAAUGCCUUACCUGUACCAGUGCCUUAAAUCUUGCCGAAUUUGUUAGUUCAGUUGAAGUGUUAAUCCAGGAAUAUGUUUUCAUAGAUUGUUAAAGCCAUGGAGGUGGUGCAGUUGUCAAGCGCUUGGGCUGCCAGUCGGGUGGUUAGUUUUAACACCAACUGGUUCUUUUUUUUUUACUUUUAAUUUUUUUUUUAAUUUUUCACAAUAAAACAAAUUACUGAAAUAUCACUUCUACUGAAUUGAAACAUUCUAAAAACAAUUAAGGCAUUGGUAUAGAUUGGGUAUUGACCAAGCACCCAAACUAAUUUAAAAAAUAAUCAUCUGGGAAGAAAUUUCAAAAAUUGAGAUGGAAUUAGGAAUAAUAUCAUAUUUUAUACGAAACUCCCAUUUAACAUUUAACUGUUACUAGCGCCGUUAGUUCACAGGCCGCCGCGAGCUUUUCUAAGCCGACGGUGAGUGAAGGUAAGUUGCCAGACCUGUCCAUAUGGCCGUGGUCGCCGUGCGCGCCAGUGUCGCCAACUUUGUCAGCGCGGGAAGGUUGAUGACCGUGGCGGUCCACCAAGGAAACUGUCACCGUGUGCGCCAAAACACCAAUUUUAGCGGGUGCGUAAUGGUUUGCGCUUCUUAUGAUCGCUGCAUUGUACGUUGUUUUGAACAACACCCUCAAGAAAGAAUCCUCACAGCACUAUACUCACGAGGCUUGCUUCCUUAAUAUUCGGCGCCGACUUACACGGCAGUAAGAAUUUAGGAAAUACAGAUCACAGUAUCUUGAACAUUCACGUAGUCCACGUGCCACUCUGUGAAUAUUUUGAGCAUAGUCAUCUGUAGACCAACCAAUACGUUUGAUCAAUUUUUUUUUUAAUCUUCUCAAGAGUGUAAAAGAGGGUAAACUGGAUUAUAUUCACAGAAUGGCCGAGUAGUAGCUGUCUUUCAGAGUCAGCUCUUUCCUCACGAACUCUCCCUGUGGACAUGGGCCGAUAUUCGAAGACACAGAAAUAAGAGUUUAGGUGUCGAAUAUGCUAAACCUGCUCUCUAACCGUAUUCCUAGUGCACGAUUGGACACGGCCAGUCCCUUAUAUUCAGGCAAAAGAUUUUGGUAUCCUGUCUUUUGUCGUUCUGUUGCAAAAAUUACGCGCAUGCGUAGAGCCCACCUUUUCGUUGAUUUCGUCCAGGUGGCUGUAAUUUUGUCUGCGAGUUAGGUUACAGUUGUAUCCCAACAAGGUGGUGCUUAUUCGCUACCUUAUCUGAAUGUCUUGGAAAAUCACCCCAUGUUUUUUUUUUUUUUUACUUUUCUUUAUCUUGCACUUUUCACCGCUUACCAAGCAGGUUUAAAGAUCAAUCGGGUGACAAACAGCGUGUUUGUCUUACGACAACUGUUUAUUAGAUCUUCGGAUUCCGGCCAUACACGCGGUGAAUUUCAAAACUCUACCGUAAAAUCAAACGCACUGUCUCUCUUAGACCCUUCGGUUCUCGUGAAACACCGUGGUACCGCCGCUGGAAGGCUCUGGGUAGAAGGCACAGAACUCUUGAAGUCUACGGUCGUAUAUUCGCCACGUACUGAACCGCGAUCUUUCGUCUGGACCGUUGCUUUCACCUCUCUACUCGAAUUAUUGGCACCAGUGGUACAUAAUUUAGUCGAAACAAAUUUACGAAAAAGUUUUGAAAGAAAAAAAUAGAUAAUCAGAUCCCUCAGAUCGCAUAACUGUUAUCAAGGACGAAAAGAACAUAAACGUGUAAGUAUUCUAACUAGAAAUUUCAGUCGGAUCAUAUCAUUUCCAUUUGAACAUUUGAAACUAAUCGAUUAAUAGCUGGAGUAACAUCUAGAUGCAUUUCUUAUCCAUAGUAUCUCAAACAGUUUAAUGUCGACAUAAAAUGUUGACGCGAAAUAUUAUAACAAAUUCCUGAAAAGAUUUGUAUACCAGAAUAUAAUUAUGUAUGCAUUUUAUACAUUGGUAUCCCUGCAGUGAAGAUAUAAAUACAAAAUGCACUGUAUUCUGAUAUUAAAUAUUAUGAUUUUGUUACUAAUGCUUUGUUACAAAUGUCACAUAGUAAAAUUUUAUUCCUGACACAGGCAAAAUAUAUUAAUCAAAGCCAAAGAAUGUGAACUUUUUCCAUCAUUCUCUAGUCAUAAAAGUGUUUUCUUUUUACAUUACAUUUGGGUAGUGUGUAGGCGGUAUGGGUGUUUUGGGUGGUAGCAAAAUAUGUUAUAUUUUUUAAAAUUGUUUGUUUUAACGUUGUUGUAAAGUAUAAAAGUUAUGUUAAAAGCUUAUAUUUUUUACAGUGAGGUGUGUUAGUAAUCUCUGCUAAGUUUGAACAUUGCAUAUGUAAUACAGAAUAACCCGUUUUCUUGGUGGGUACAUCUCUAUGUAGGAGUUAUGUCCAAGUACUCAUAUAUGAAUAUACAAGCAAGGCCACAUUUUCCAGCUUCUUUUAUAUGUUAUGUGAUGUGAUUUCAAUUAUCUUUGGCAACGAAAGAAACGCUUACUGUGCAUAAAUGAAUGCUGAUACUAUGCAUUUGAAAGUUAGUAUAAAAAUAUAUAUUACGAGACACUUAUCAGCAACGACGGAUUCAGAAGUUUUUGGAAGGGGGGAAAAAGAGGGUGGGCUCAUGUUCAGAAACUAAUGAUUUCCCCCAUUCCUCCCCCUCCAGAUUUAUCUAUAAAACUUAUUUUGUAAUUGUAAGUUGUAACCCUGUGAAGGGAGGGGUGGAGAAGGGCGAGCCUUCAGACUCGCAAGUGCCCCCCCCCCCCUUCUUACAACCCCCCCCCCCCCUCCACCAAUUUUUUUGUUGAAAUUCAAUUUUAUUCUUUUAAAAAUAUUAAAAGUAAAUAAAAUGUACCUUCUCAAAUGUUCUUAGUUAAAGAGCCUGUUUGUGACUUUGUUAUUUUUUUAGGUAUAUUUUUCUCUACGCGUAUUUCUGUGGCAACUUGUUCUAUUGAGCCUACUUUUUGCAGUCAUAUAUCUUUUGAACAUAUACAACUCGAAUAUUUAUUUUAAUGUUGGAAAGGCAGACAAUAACAUAGAAAGAAGACAAUUUUUCCCACCUUUAUUUAAAAAAAAAAAAAUAAGUCCCAAAUUAUAUUUUGAUGAAAAGUACCUUUUUUAAAUUAUUAAUUUUCAUGAAGUUAUGAAUGUAACGUUUAAAUGAGAACCCUUAAAUAUUUACCUAAAACUGAAUGUUUUUCAAGAUCCAUCUUCAUAAAUUAGAGCUGUAAAUGAUAUCUUUUGUUUAGCAUAUUACUUAUGUGUCAUGUUGAAUAUAUAUUUUUGUUUACUAAGAUUUUGAUGACAAAUCUAUAGUAAUCAAGCUCUGUUGAAUUGCUUAUAUGCGACUCUAUAUUUGAACGUAAUAGGCAUAUCGGCAUUUUCUUCAAGUUGGUGCAGUCAGCGAUAAAAAAAAAUGUGUUUGUAACUCUUCUAAGCUUAUGUCUGAAAUGAUUCUUUGGUUUCAUCAGUGGUAAAACUAGCCAGCAAUGAGUAGGUUUCCACCUGAUUCACUACUUUGUAUCAUAACUAUUGUUUUCACUUAAAACUAAUGAAAGAACUUGUUGAAAAAGUGUAAUUACAUUCGGUAUACAGUCUUCUGCUAUACGACUUUGGUUAUAAUAUUCCAAAACUAUGAACGUUUCUCAAGGAUUUUAAAUGUUCAGUUAGGUUUCUAUGUAAUAUUUAGUUUACAGUGUUCAAUUGUGCUUAUUGGUUGGGAACUGACACUUUAUUUUUAGUUAAAUGUACUGGGUUUUGCUAUGUUAAAUGUACUGAAUAAAAUAUUUGUAUUUUGUGACAAAAAUAAAUAUGUGAUAAAAUAAUUUAUAGAGGAUAGUGGAUAGCAAUGUAUAUAGAGAGAUUGUAAAUAGCCUUAAAAUGUUGGUACAUUUAUAAUUUACCCCCAUUGUUUUACUUAAUAAUAUAAUGUUGGCGAGUGUUUUCUUGAAUUUGUAGAAUACUAACAACGGUAAAGAAUUAAAUGUUAUUUACACAUGUAAUAAAAAAGUA